GGAAAAUAAAAAUUAGAAGAACAUAAAAGAAAUCUAUUCUUUUUUGCUUUCCCUACACAAGAGAACAAGGAUGGAGGGUUGUACAGCUAGUCUUGACGGUACACGCUAGCAGGUAGCAAGAGACACAAUUCCCCAGAAGCCGCCCAAAAGCUUCCUGCAAUCCUGCUGCUUUGGCGUUGAACUCCCUUGAUUACUCGCAUCAGCUGCCAAAGAUCUCUCUUUAUUGUUUUUUUUUUUUGGUUCAGAAGGGGAGCAGAGGCGAAAUUAAUUCCUCCGGCGAGAUUCGUGUGGAGAUGAGUUCGGUGCCAGGACCACUCAUAAAUUCUGCCUGUUCUUUCAGAUCUGCUCCGUGAUGUGCUGUGCUUUCAGUUCAGGACAGCGCGCUCCCUCCCUCUCGGCUUCUUCCAGUUCCAGGCUUGGGGCUCCUCGGUUCCAAUCUCUCUAGCGCCUAGUCACUCAUGCGUCGUCGCCGGAGUCCAAUCUCGCAGCCGCCCAGAGUUUCUUGAUUUGGUUUGUUCGGAAUUUCCACUUUCCCGGGAGAAAAUCUGUUCCUUCCAAAAGUUGAAUCUUUUGGAAGCGUUGGAAGCAGACAUCAGUCGCCGCUUUGUUCUUGAAUCCCCUACCCGGUAGCAGCGUUGGAAGCAGAAAUCAGUUGCUGCUUUAAAAUCCUCCCUUUUCUCUUAGUUUCUGAGCAGCGCAGCUUCCCAUACUCGUUCCUAUUCUCGAUUUCGUCGUGAUUUCAGGUCGGCUCUUGCUCGCCUUUGCCGAUUUGUCUGCUCCCGAGAACCAGGCUAUAAGAAUCCCCACUACACCUUUCCCUCUUCCACUCCACGCGCUGCUGCUUUCUCGUGGUGGUUUCUUCUCCCAAUGGGCAACGCGUUCGCGUGCAUGCCGCGCAAGGAGCACCGGGGCGCAGCCGCGGUGUCGCGCAGCAAGCGGAUGGGGAGCGCGCGGUCGGUGCGCGGCGGGCCCAAGCUGACGCCGGCGGAGGAGGAGCUCCUGCACCGCCAGGCGCUGGCCAUGGCCAUCCACCAGCACCUCGACUCCGGCGGCUCCAUGUCGCGCCGCAUCGACGCCGGGGCCUCCCUCUCCCGCCGCAUGGCCCCCGGCUCCACCAGCUCUCGACGCCGCGGCGACCUGCCGGACUCCGUCACGAAUGCCAAGCCCGCCCAAAUCGUUCUGGAGAAUUUAGAAACAAAGAAAAUUGUCCUUGUUCAUGGAGAAGGAUUUGGUGCUUGGUGUUGGUACAAGACCAUCUCGCACUUGGAGGAAGCUGGUCUUGAGCCUGUUGCCUUAGACCUCACAGGUUCUGGCAUAGAUCAUACCGAUACAAACAGCAUAGCUACACUAGCAGAUUACUCCAAGCCAUUAAUUGAUUACCUUGAUAAACUUCCUGAGGAUGAGAAGGUUAUUUUGGUCGGCCACAGUUGCGGAGGUGCAAGUGUUUCAUACGCGUUAGAACACUGCCCCAAAAAGAUCUCAAAGGCAGUGUUUCUUACUGCUACAAUGGUGAAGGAUGGGCAGCGGCCCUUCGAUGUGUUCUCAGAGGAACUGCGGUCAGCAGAUGUUUUCUUGCGAGAAUCACAGUUUUUGGUUUAUGGAAAUGGAAAGGACAAGCCUCCUACUGGGCUGAUGUUUGAUAAACAGCAGAUCAAGGGGCUCUAUUUCAACCAAACUCCUUCCAAGGAUAUGGCGCUAGCUGCGGUGUCCAUGAGACCCAUCCCUCUUGCCCCAAUCAUGGAGAAGCUCUCCCUCACCCCUGAAAAAUACGGCACCGUGCGCCGCUACUUCAUUCAGACGCUUGACGACCACAUGCUCUCACCUGAUGCCCAGGAGAAGUUGGUCCGGGAGGACCCGCCAGAUGGCAUCUUCAAGAUAAAGGGCGGCGACCACUGCCCCUUCUUCUCGAAGCCGCAGUCCCUCAACAAGAUCUUGCUGGAGAUUGCACAGAUCCAAGCUCCAGCCGCGCUGCUCCCGGGCAAAGCAAGUUUGGAGGAGACCGUGGCAGAGAAAUCCUGACUGCAUGUAUGUAGUGUACAUGAAAAAUGAGUAGCGCAUAGGUUGCAAAAGUGAGGUGCGGGGGUUAAUUGAAAUCAGUUUGUCAGAUAAUAAUGUAGGGAGGUAAAAGUGUUGUUUUUCUUCUGUGAUCAAGUAUAGAGGAUGUGAGAUUGUCAGAAAGUUUUCGUUUACCUUGUGAAUCAAAUAUGAAGUCAAAACAACACAUCUUAAUGUUUGUUUUCCUGAGGAAUGAUGAGUAGGUAAAGCAUCCUGAGCUCUGGGUUCAGAUCAUAGGUA